AUGUUGAGUCUGUGGUUCAAAGCGAAUGAGAAUGAUGAUGAUGAAUGUCAUACUGAGGAUGGUGGGAAUGGGUAUGAAAAUGGGUACAAGGAUGUCGUUGAAGAAAUUUUCAUAUUAGCAACAAAGGCAUGCCGGAAGUCAGAGUUCAGGUACUACUUUUCCCAACUAGUCGGAUUUCCAGAGGAGGUGAGCGAUGGACUAAGAAGGGUACGGGUGAAUUUAAGUGCAAGGACAUGUGGAUGUAAAGAGUUUGACUACUUCCAACUUCCUUGCUCGCACGCCAUUGCAACGGCAACCUAUCGGAACGUGAACAGGUACACACUGUGCUCACCUGCAUGUAGUCUAGAAACUCUUAUUAAUGCAUAUGUCGAACCUGUUUACCCUCCCGGUGAUGAAGUUGAUUGGAUUUUACCUGAUAAUUUUGUCGAAUUUAAAGUGGAGCCACCCAAAUAUGUUAAACGUGUUGGCCGAAAUCAAACUGUACGGAUCCCAUCUGUUGGGGAGACACGCCAAGUCCACAAAUGCAAUCGAUGUGGCAACAUGGGACAUAAUAGAAAAACAUGCCGCCAACCACUUAGAACUACGGAUGGGGACAUGUAA